AUGCAGUCGCAGGAUCGCCGACAACCAAUACACGACCCAGACAAGGCACGAACCGGCGAUUUGAAAGUCCACGCAAAGACGUCUUCGCAAGAUCCGUCUCCACCACUUCCUCCUCGUGCUGCUGCACAGGACGGUCUGCGGCACCCUCGGCUAUCCAGCCAAUCCCCUCCGAGGUCCCCAGCCCUCUCGACCGCGUCUACCGCUGACGGCGAGGCGUUGUCUCCGUUCGUUCCCAACCUCCAAGCUCCGCGACUCCCGCAGAGAGCGCUGGAGCUGCUGAGGACCCCGCCGCCGCGCCAAGACCCGAGUGAAGACAGCCAGUACGUUACUGCAAGCUGGGGAAGCCCGUACCCGAGGUCUGAAGAAGCCAAUCUUCAUCGACAGAGUCCUGGCAGCGAUCCGUCAGAAGGCUCGCCAAUACACCGUCUUGAGCUUGACACUCCUUUCUUGCGCCCAGCCCCAUCCUUGGUGGUUUCGCCGACAGAGCAGCAGUCCUCUUCUCUGGCCGCUAUUCUGGUGAACCGCGCUAGACGACCCGGCCCUGCGCGUGGCUUGACAGAGGACUGGAUACGUCAACACACGGCUGCUCACGAGAACGCCGAACCUCGUCAUUGGCUCAGUGACGGUACAGAUAGUGAGUCCUCUUCAUUGAGCGGCUCACCCUCCGGCGACGAGGCAGCGUGGUUGGAAGGAAGGAGUUCGGCCACGCCCCGAGCCAACCUCAACCACCGGCCCACAUCAUCACGAUUGUCUUCCAGGCAACAUCCGAGAGCGCGAUCGAGCACCGAGACCCUGAAGCAAAGUAACGUUGAUCGGCAGCCUAGGAUGGAAACCGAAAAAAUGGCCAAUCUUGGCCCCGAGGGAAUACUGCCCAAAGGCGACGCCGAGAGUUCGCUGCCGACCAACUUCGCCGAACAGCGCCCAUCGACGCCAAAUGGUUCAACUGGACCAACGGGUGUGGAGAGGACAGAGGUAAAGGCCCCGGCUACUCCGUCGAAACCAGAGGUCAAGAAGGCACCUGUAUCGACGCCUCGAAUAAAGAAAAAGGUGCCAUGGAGGGGCAAGAACAUAAUGGUUUUGCUUCCUCGAGAUGAAGAGCGAGGUCAACGGGGCAAGGCCCCCAUUCCUAUGAAGCCGAAAGAAAUUGCGAAUAUGUUUAGGGAUUGGGAGGAGCUGGGAUACGACAUCCGUGGUUUCGACCUGAACGUCCCGACAGAGUACUCGGCUCUUCCGGUAGAGCACCAUUCUAGGAGCAGGGACGAGUGGCCUGAUGUAGAGGAAAUCAGGAGAGAGCGGGAUGGUCGCAAAAUCAAAGUUACCCUACCUGAUCUCGAAGCCUGGAAGCAAUACAUGAAUGAGUUGACUGAGGCCAAGCUCAGGGCUCUGGGUGUAUCACUCGGUGGUGAUGAUCCGCCGCCGCCGCCGCCAUCCAUCUCUCCCAAUCCAGCUGGCCUCAAUCGACGUGCUACGAUAACUCAGUACCCCCCUCUGCCAUUCUCGCCACCGGUUCCAACACCAUCGGCAUCGAGUGCUCAAGGAAUGCAGCAGUUCCCGUUCCCUACCAGUGGUAUCAAUGCAGCUGCAUCUCCAGUCUCAUUCAACGGGAGCUUCAAUCCUCACCAUGCCCGGCAAUCAGUCUCGAUCCCGGCAAGCCAGUCCCCGUUCGGGUUCGUGCCACCUCAGCAGCAGCCUUCGCCUCGGGAUGUGAUGUUCCACCAACAACAAGGGAUGCACCGUGUCUCGCCGUCUCUGUCAACCUCACCCUUCUCGCCUGGCGGUUUCCAGCCUCCACUGAUGCACCAAAGGCACCAGUCGCUUCAGUUCCCUCAGCUACCUCAUCAACAGUUCAUGCAAUCUGCUCGGGCUUCUCCCCGGUUGCAAGAAUUACGUGAGGCGGAUGAGGAAGAAGAGACGAAGAGCGUAUCCAAAACACCCGAGCCAGCACCACAGAUCCGUCAUAAUGCCAGUGACAGCCUCCAGAAGGAAAUCGAUGAAGCGGAGUACCACUUGGAGGAGCAAUUCCGCUCACAGCUCGAGCACGAUGAGGAUUACAGCCCACACAACGAGGACGAAAAGAAACACGCAGCGGCUCAGUCAACCCACGAAUCGCCGGUGCAGUUCGCGCCACAGGCACCACGCUUCGAAAAUGCCGUCGAUAAGAACCUUGUCCUUCAUCAUCCUCGACCUCAUAGUAGAGGUCAUUCACUCUCCCAGAAGUAUUUCGGAGAAGACGACAUGAGAGCCGGCUCGGGCAAAGGUGGUUUCAACAAUUUGAAGCCUAUACAAGACGAUGACAAGGCCGACCAGGACGACGUUGAGACAAACCCCAGUAAUCUCGGAACACCAGUUCUACCAAACUUUGAAGACUCAUCCCAUGAGAGAAACUUUUCCACCAUGAGCAACCCCUGGAAGGAUGUGCAGUCAACCUCGCGGCGGCCGAGCCACAGUAGCAAGCCAUCCUUCUCGAAGCUCAACGUCGCAGCGCCUGAAUUCAAGUUCAACCCCACGAGUUCCUUUCAGCCCGGGCAGUUCAAUUUUGGAAGCAACACCUUCCAACCCGCUGUUUUCCAAGGGGCCUCUGCACCGAAUCCUUUGGAUUCGGAUCACUCGAACCAGUUGAGCCCCCCGGCAGGUCCUUCGCGCAAGAUCAACGUCAAUGCUCCAGUAUUCUCUCCUGGGUCGAGUGAAUUCUCGUUCUCUGCCGCUGGUGCGCCGACGUUCCGACCGAAUGCACCAGCCUUCACACCUCACUCGGUAGCAGGCUCGGUAACAUCCCCGAUACUGUCCGGUAGCGAGAGCGGCAGAAUGACAUCGUCAAUCUUCGGCAGUAUCGACUUGAACAUGCCAGAGAUCUUGAAACCUCCAAAGAAGUCCAAGGCCAUUCCCAUUGUUCGACCAGCUAGUCGCACGUCGAACAGGGACGAGCCAGCUCCUGCUGAGGAUGAAAACGGUCGCAUAAUUGACGAGACACGGGUCAAGAGAUUCAGAGGGGCUAGUGGUGAUGACGAUGAUGAGGGCCCUCAGUUCGCAGAGCCAAACUCAUCCGCUCAAGCAGAACCUAAGAGCACAGAGGAGGAGCGCCCAGCCCGUGACUCUGGAAUUUCGUCGACUAUCCUCUCUGACUCGACGGAGGCCAAGGACAAUACCAGCUUGUCCGAGGUCUCUGCGGACCACAAUACCAAUGUCUGGGCGCCGUUCGAAUUCGGAUCCGAGGCUGAUGUGUCAGCGUUCAACACAGCUAGACCUUUCGGAGACGACGGUUUCAUGGCCCACGGCCACCAAAAAUCGCUUUCAGCGUCGGCGAAGCCAUUUAUUCCUGGCAUGUCUUUUACGACUGACGAUGACGAUAAUGAUAAGGAGGAUACCCCAGUUCCGGGCCAUUUUGAACGGUCCGAGAAGCGGUCUGAUAUGGAAGCUGAGGUGAGCCCUGUAGAAGAGGACCAGAGUCUUGAGGAUAUGCCUCAGGAGUCCAUCGAGAGGGAGCCUUCGCCCAUCAUCAGCCCUGCGGAAGAUGAGAGUUUCCGUGUCGAGACAUUUGCGCCCUCACCUCCGCCGGUGAAGAAAGGUCUUGCUGCAAGCAGAUUCGCCACUAGCCCCUCGCCGCCUAAAGGUUUGGGUGCCUCGAAGUACGCUAGGUCACCAUCAGCUGCAUCUGAAGUUGAGGCUCCCCAUAGCCCACUUGUGAGCGACACGCAAAGGUAUUCGGCGUCUCCAGUUGCUGCGGAAGAUCUGGAGGACACUCAGGACACAAUUCCAGAGUCUGCAAGCCCACGGACGGACCGUGAAGAAGAGCAUGAUGAUGCUGGAGAGCCCACAUUCGAAGAGAUCGAUGCCGUCAUGCAGCACAUCAACGAGAAUGAUCCCGAUCUGGGCGUCAAGAAGAUCGUGGACUCGCCGAGAUGGCACCAGCCAAGCCCGACGCGGCAUAUUCCUGUCGCUGCCAUCACCAAUGAGUCCCCCAAGCGCAGUCACCCACAGUAUCUUCGAGGUGAAAACCCGAGCCCGAGCCCUAGGCACUACCACUUACCACUUGGAGUACACCCGCCUUUGCACACAACUGAAAUGUUGGAGAAUCCGUUUAUAGAUCCUCCAGGCGCCCAAAUCUCUCGGCCCAACACGAGUGAGAGCCAAGCUGCUAGUGAUGACUGGGAACGGGCUUUCAGUGACGAAGAGCAAGUCAAGCUCGAUUCUCGUGCCAACUUCUUCGACGGUAAGGUCAACGAGCUGGUUGGUGGUGUCUUGCAAUCCCGGCUGGAUCCUCUCGAAAGGACAUUAGAGGGAAUACUGCAGACCCUCGCAUCGAUGUCUGGCCGUACGCCGUCGAGCCGCCGCGAACGCCGUAGCGUCUCUGCGGAAAUUCAAGAGAGCGAUGCAGACGAUGAGGAUGAUGAACCAAUUCCACGACGCUCAAUGAGUCCCCGCAGAGACAAGCGAAUGGAGCAGAUCAGAGUCGCCGUUCUGGAUGCAUUUGCUGUUCAACAACGCAGCGCCCCUCCAUUGCCUCCUUUGCCGGGUCUUGCCCAAGACGGUUCAUCUGCCGAGGGUAUGGCUUCAAUCUUGAAGGCGAUGGAAGAGAUGAAGCAACAAUUCAGCGAGUCUCUGCACCUCGACUUCCGAGCCGAAGACCUUCGAAACGUUGUUGAGGAAGCGGUCGAGUCACGCAUGCCUGCCACUCCACCCCAGCCAGUUGCUGUGGAAGGCCAAGAUGAGCUAAGUGAGAAGUAUAACGAACUGCAGGCUCGAUACGCAGAUCUGGAACAGCGUCAUCGUCUGGAAGAAGCCAAGGCUUCAGCAGAAGCAGCAUCGAAAAGCAUGGUGGAAGAUCGAGCAGCCGAACUCGAAAGACAGCUGUACAUGACAGAGGCCAAGGUCGACGCUGAGAUCAUGAACCGCAGCACCAACGAUCAACGUUUCUUGGAUCUCCAGAGUAGACUAAGUAACCAGGAGGCCAUAAACGAAGCAGAAGUCCAGCUUCGGCGAGCAGCUGAAGACAGAUUGUCCGAGGUGCAACGUCUUCUGCGAAUUUCUUCCGAAGAGGAGGUACGGCUGAGGGAGGCACUCGAAGAGAAGGAGGAAAGGCUGAAGAUUUUCGAUGCGAGCCACAGCAAGAACACUAUGCGCCUCGCUAUGCUUGAAGCUGCCGCCGAAAACUCUCAUAAAGAGAGGUUGGAGCUUGAAGACCGCGUCAGUGUCGCUGAAGUAAACGUGCGAGAUUUGCGUCAAGAAUCAGCUCAUUGGAGGAAUGAGGCAGAGCGAGCCAUCCAGCUGUCCGAAAGGCAGAGCGACGACUUGCACCACGCGGUAGAAGAGAACAAGCAACUUCACAAGUUGAUUGAUACUCUUGGCACCCAGCUGAACGAGAAUGAACGGAUGCGCGAUGACUAUAGGUCAAAGUUCCUCUCGCUGCAGGAAGAUAUGGAGAACUCUAUGCGCCACGUUACCGAAGAGAACGCCCGCCGCGCCAAGAAGGAGCAAACGAUGCUUGCCAGACAAGAAGUCCUGGAUGCGAAGCUCCAAGCUGAGUCCAAGACCCGCGAACGUCUGGAGACUGAGCUCGAGAGAUUGGAGGCUGGUGAGCGUCAAGGCAUGAAGGCUGUCAAUGAGGCCAGGAGACUUGACGGUCUAUUGGCAGAGAUGCGGACUGAGAACCAUAAACUUCAGCAAAGCGCCAUGCGCUAUCAGGCUGAGUUCCAGGAAGCCCGCGAAUCUGGGGCACGAGAAGUGCAGCGCACUCGCGAAUCGAUGCAAGCACAGGUCGAGGACGCGAACAACCAGGUCAACGUCGUCCGUGAAGAGCUCGAGGAUGAAAUCUCCCGAUUGCGUGCGCAGCUUGACCAGGCCAAGCUUGAUGCUGAUACUGUCAGGUCGCGGUACGACAUGGUCAUGGAGGAUGCUCAACAGAACAGGAAGGGCGACAUCGACGAGGUCAUACGGAAACACCAAGACGAGAUCGAGGACAUGCAAGCCAAAUUUGAGAGACAACUCAACAAUACUGUUGAGGACGCCCAGCGCGCCGAGUCCAACCUCCUCGAACGCCUCAGUAUAUCGACAUCCAAGUGUGAGCACCUGCAAGAUCGUGUCACUCACUUAGAAGAGAAGCUCGAUAUUGCUAGGGAAGCCGCACGUGCUGCAGCACAGGCCGCCAAGGCAUCUGGAGUUGUUUUGCCCUCUGUUCCGGCUCCUCCUGUCUCAGCAACCAUUCCUGAGCAGCCCGCCGCGACCUCACAGUCGCAGGGACCGCCUCAGUCGGCAGCCGUUGCCAGAGCUAUGCAAUUACCAGAGAAGAUCUCUCCUCAGGCCCUCCGAGAAUCCAUUAUGGUCCUGCAAGAACAGCUCCAGGAGCGUGAGCAGAAGAUCGAGGAGCUUGAGCAGAUUGUGGCGAAGCUAGACCCCGACUCUGAGACGAAGAUCGCAAAGCGGGAUGACGAGAUCGUGUGGCUGCGGGAGCUUCUUGCUGUAAGGCACUCAGAUCUACAGGAUAUUAUCACUGCCCUCGGUCGGAACGACUACGACCAAGAGCGUGUUCGAGAUGCGGCCAUCCGCCUCAAGGCGAACCUGCAGAUGGAGCAGCAAGAACGCGAGAGGGCCAUGAAUGGCGGGUCGGCAAUCAAUGUGCCCAACAUCGCGGCCAGUCUCCGGGAUGCUGCGACGCCUAGAGUUGCUCAAGCUGUCGGACCCCUCGCUGCUGCAUGGGGUAAUUGGCGAAAAGGUAGCGCUCUUUCUAACGUCGCGUCAUCGCCGGCAGCGAAUGUCAACCACACCACGCCCCGGAAAGACAGCCCUGCUUCACAGAGCAGCUUCCUUUCGGGUCUCUUGACCCCACCAGCGUCAGGUGUCCGGCAGACGCCAACACCCGGACAACCGACUGCUUUCUCCAGCACCGGUCGGCGCUUCACAGCUCAAGACCUUGCUAACCGGCCCAAGGCACCGCCUCAACGGCAGGCUCAGAUGAUGCCAGCUCGAGGAGGGAGUCCGGCGCAAAAGCAGCAGAGUUUUUCAAGCGGCCCACAGACGCCGCCGAUGAUGCGGCCCGCGGCUUAUGAUGAUGACGCGAUGGCAGCUGAAGACUUUGACGAUGCUGGGUUCUUUGAUGAUGAGUGA